AUGAUUAAUGAAAAUUAUGAAAAAAAAAAAGAAUUAUUUCUUACAAAUCAAAAUGUAGAGAAAAGUUUAGAUAAUAAUUUAAAUAACAAAGAAUUAGAAAGUAAUAUCUAUUUAUGUAGGAAUGAAAAUGAAAAGAAUGAUAAAAUUUUAAAUAAGCAAAAUAUGAUAAAACAAAAUAAGGAAACAGAUGAAGUAAUUUCCUCUUCUUUUAUGAAAGAAAAGAAGAAAGAAAUAUCAGAAAUGAAUGAAAACAAAAAUGAAGAAGAAAAAUUAACUAUUGACAAGAAUAAUUUAUUUCAAGAAUUAAAUUUAUUAAUAAAGAAAAAAUUAAAAAUAAAUAAUACUAUAAAAAUUGAUUUAUUCUAUAAAGAUAACUGUACACAAAUAAAACCUUAUGUAUUAUUUGAAGAUUAUAAAUAUGUGAAUAUUGAAAAUAAAAUAAAUAUAGAAAUUACAAAUUUUCUAAUAAAUAGUUUGAAAAAAAAAAGAAAAUAUAUUGAUGUUCAUAACAGUGUAGUAGAACUAAGAGGAAGUUUUAAUGAUGAAUUAAUAAACUUACCUGUAAUUAAUCAAAUUAUUUUACAAAAAAUAAGUAAUAAUAAUUAUAAAUAUAAAUUUAAUAUAGAUAAUAGUGUAAUGAAUUAUAUAUAUGUUGAUCUCUUUAAAAUACAUAAAAGUAAGUAUAAAUUUAAGAUAUUAGAAAAAAAAUUUGAAAUAGAGGAAUUGUAUUAUUAUGAUAUAAAAAAGAAAAAACAAAAAAAUAAAAAAGAAGAAGAUUGUGAUAAUAAUAAUAAUAAUGAUAGAAAUAAAAGUUCUACUUAUAGUAUAAGUAGUAAAGAAGUAAGCCCUAGUACGUCUAGUGAAAAUAGUGAAAGUGACGCAUUAAUAAAUUUAUAUAAUGAAGAAAAAAAGAAAGAGAAUUCAUAUAAUAAUAAUGAAAAGAAAAAAAAAAAAAAAAAAAUAGUAGUUGAUAAAGAUAAGUUAUAUAUUGAAAAAUUAAAAAAGCUAGUAGAAGAAGAUAGUGAAAAUGAAAGCAACGAUUCUUCAAAUGAAAAAAGCUCAGAUAGUUCUAGUGAUAAAUCUAGUGAUAAAAAUAAGAUUUUAUAUAAAAGAAAAAUAGUUUAUUCAAAAGAUAACAAAAGUAAUAAAACUAUAAUAAAUGUAUUUAAAGAAGUAGAAAGUGAUACCGUAUGUGUUUAUUAUCCGAAUAGUUCUUAUAACCAAUGUUUAAAUUUAAGUUCCUAUGAGAAUUUGAUGAAUAGUGACGAUACUCAUUUGACUAAUUAUGAUAUUUAUUUUCAUAAAAAUAAAGAUAUAAAUUUAGAUAAUAAUGAAAAUUCUUUAAAUAUGAAUAUUCUAAACGAAGAAAAUAUAAAGAUAAAAAAAAGAUAUGUAAAAGACAUUUCUAUUUAUAACUUUUGUUGUGAUGAAAAAUAUAAAGGCUGUAAUUUAUUUUUACAUAUAGCAAAAAAUAAAAAAAUAAAAAAUUCAAAAAUAAAUUAUAAUAUUAGUUAUUCUGAUUUUGAUGAUAAUUAUGAUGUAAUUAAAAUGUACGAAAUUAAAAACACUUCUAAUUUGAAUAUCAAAUGUUCUGAAAAUAAAAAAAAAAACAUUGGUAAGUUAUUUGAGCUAGAAAAAGACUGGAAAAUCAAUAUAGAUUUGCACAUAGAUAUAGAUAGGGUUAUCAAAGAGCUUAAAAAAAAAUAUAACAUAUAUAACAAUGAUAAUAAUAUAUAUACUGAUAACAAUAAUAUUAAUUUAAUUGAUACCGAAGAACAAAAAGCAAGUAAACUUGACUAUAUGAUUUAUAAUUUUUAUAAAAAUUUUGAAUGUUUAAUUAAUUUUAUGAAUAAAUUAAAAAAUAACUCAACCAAGUUUGAAUACUUUUAUCCAAAAAUGAUAGGUGAUGUAAAUGAAGAAAUAAGAAAACAUUAUGAUAAGAAAAAAGUAAUAUUAUUAAAAAAAUCAAAUAUUAAAUAUGUUCGUGUAUUUAACAAUGAAGUGAAAAGAAUUAUGAUAUCAUUUUUUGUUCCCUAUAAUUCUAAAAUAUUAGAUUUGGCUUGUGGCCAUGGUCAAGAUAUGCUUAAAUAUAAUUUUGUAAGAAAUAAGGUAUAUGUUGGAUUAGAUAUUUCUAAAAAAGAAAUAGAAUUAGCUAAAGAAAGACUUAGUCAAAAUGAUUUAAAAGGAUUAUGCAAAAGUGAUAAUUACAUUUUUUUACAAGGAGAUAUUUUAAAUAAUAAAUUUUAUAAAAAAUGGAAAAAUAAAAAUAUUAAAUUUGACAUAAUUUCUAUUAAUUUAGCUCUACAUUAUAUUAUUUACAAUGAAAGAUCUUCUAAAAAAUUUUUUAAGCUUAUCGAAAAUUUUUUAGAAAAUGAAGGAAUAUUUUUAGCAACUACCAUAUCAACUCAUACAUUGACUGAUUUUUUAAUGAAGAGAUCAAAUAUAGAAGUAAUUAAUGAUUCUUUCUCAUUAACAUUAGAAAAUGACUUAUUUACAAUAAAGUUUGAUAAUGAAAAUUUAAUGAAAAUUUUUAAAAAUAAGAUUUGUCUAGAAGAAUUCAUAGAAUAUAUUAAUAACAGCAAUCCUAAUGAAAAAAUAAAAUAUGAAUAUUUUUAUAAUUUAAUAAAAGAUUCUUUAGAAAAUAAUAUUGGAAUCAAAUAUUAUUUUUAUUUAUAUGAUACAAUAGAUGCACAUGAGUUUGUCAUACCAGACAAAUAUUUAAAAAAAAAGUUAGAAGAAUUAAAUAUGGUUGAACUUUUUAAUAAUACAGCAAUAAUGUUUCUUCACUAUAUAACUAAUAAUUUAGAAACAUUUGAAAAAUACAGAAAUAUAAAAUAUUUUAAUUUAAUUAAUAAGACAAUUGAUAAACAUAUUUUUGAAAAUAUUAAAUCAAGAAUUAAUAAAAUUCACGGGUAUAAUAAAGACUCUAAGACUUAUUAUGACAUUUGUUCAUUAUAUCAUGUUUAUGUUUAUAAAAAAGAUUUUGAUGCUUCUAUAUUAGGAAUAAUUUAG